ACGAGCACUUUCGGUUGUGGCCUCUCCCCUUAGUAACAGCACAGUCAGUGGAGAGGAGAGGAGGCUUAGGCAUUCAUAUGAGCAAGAGGCAUACACAAGCAACGAACAGACAGUUUAAUGCGGAGGCGAUCCACCUAAGCCAACAACGAUCCGUCUUUCUCUCCUGCUGGAUUAGCGGGUUUCUGCUGCGUUCCAGCGUCGAGUGUGGAGCCGCUCUUCGUCACGACUCGGGCUCGGUGGCUGGAAGGUGGGACGGUGCGCCAUGUCUGCGGCUGGGGACUUCGGGAACCCGCUGAGGAAGUUCAAGCUGGUCUUCCUGGGCGAGCAGAGCGUGGGGAAAACGUCGCUCAUCACCAGGUUCAUGUAUGACAGCUUCGACAACACCUACCAGGCCACAAUAGGAAUCGACUUUUUGUCAAAAACGAUGUACCUGGAAGACAGAACAGUGCGGCUGCAGCUGUGGGACACGGCCGGACAGGAACGCUUCCGGAGUCUUAUCCCUAGCUACAUACGGGACUCCACUGUGGCGGUCGUGGUGUAUGACAUCACAAAUGUCAACUCCUUCCAGCAGACCACAAAAUGGAUCGACGACGUCCGAACGGAGAGAGGAAGCGAUGUCAUCAUCAUGCUGGUGGGAAACAAGACGGACCUCGCAGACAAAAGACAUGUCUCCACUGAGGAAGGGGAGCAGAGGGCGCAGGAAAUGAACGUUCUGUUUAUCGAAACGAGCGCAAAGACAGGCUACGGUGUGAAGCAGCUCUUCCGCCGUGUGGCGGCCGCCUUGCCUGGAAUGGAGAGCACACAGGACAAGAACAGGGAAGACAUGAUCGACAUAAAGCUGGAGAAGCCGCCAGAGCAGCCUGUCAGUGAAACAGGAUGCUCCUGUUAAUGCUGAACGACUCUCCCUGCCUCUCCUCCUCCUCUCUCGCUCCCCCUCUUUCAUCCAGUGUCUCAGCUUUGUCUCCCACCCCAAUCAGCUGCAGUAUCAGUAUCAAGAUUGUAACUCCCAGGCAGACUGAAAAAGAACACUACUUGUUUGUCGUUGUCGUUAUGCUGACUUACUCAGAACCUUAAGCUUCACGAGCACAAGGUGGACACUAAUGGUGUUGUAAUAUUUUAUUAUUAUUUUUUGAUUGCUUGUUGUGGGUUUCACUUAUUCUGUUUUUUCCCCAUUACUUUUGUGCCGAUCCUGCACUUCAGGUUUUGGCAGAUCUUUGUCAUUACAGCAGCUGUCAGAGUUGGAUACAGAAUUCUCAGUCUUGCUGCUACGGUAACCUGUGCAAAGCGUCCCGCAUGACUAAAACUCAUAAUUCCGUUAAUUUCAGAGCAGAUCUGAACUUGCAGGAAUAAUGUUGCGUUAACUUUGAGGUGGAAAUGUUUGAAUGACCAAGUUCCGAUAUUCUAAGCCAAUAAUACUGCGAUUUAGAGGUGUGGAAUUGUAGCUACUUUUUCUCAUGGGUGGAAGGUUUUAAGUAUGUAAAAAGAUCCAAAAGGAUGAAGCAAGAUGUUAAGAUUCCUUCAAAAUGAUAGUGGUUUGGAAAGGAGUUGGAAUAAAUUGAAUUUGGGAAAAAAUUGCUCUUUCUAAUGAAGAUGUUCUUAUUUUUGUCUCCAUUCUUCAUAUAUGAUAUCUUUUGUCUCUGAGGAUUGCAUCUGAGUAGAUGGGUAAAUGAUUGCAGUAGAUUUUAACAUGCAUGAGGCUUGUUGAAUAAGGGAAGUGUGUUCAAUGAAUUGUUUUGUUCUUUUAACAUCCAUCCAUUGGGCUUCCAUUUUUUUUCUAGCUUUAUUAACUUUGGUUUAGCGUAAUUCUCAGCACAACUUGUCUUUUUGUUAACUUGUCUAUUUAACACCACCCUGAAAUCAUCUAUUUUCUGUAAUGUUUAUUUUUGCCGGAUCCUGUGGUGGUCUGCCACUCAUGAGUAAUUAUAUUUAUCAUCGUCUCCAUGUUGCCGUUUUUUUUUGCCUGAAGCCUCCUAUUUGAUGUUCAGUCUGACAUUUUCCUUUAAUUUUCCUCUCCAGCUGCCCAGCAAUGCAGUGUUUUUCUGGAGUGGGUCUACUGCUUUUGUCUCCUAGGGUGCAACCCUUUUCUUUUUUUUUUAUUUUUUAUUUUUAUCAUUUUUAACAGACUAGUGAUGAGUUUCCGCUAUGUGCCGCUUUGCACAAUAGCUCAUAUUUGCACUGCUAGAAUCCAUUGUGACACGGUUGUGUCUUUGUCAUCCAUAAUAAAGAUCUGUAUUUAGUUACUAUGGAAAAA